AAACUUUCCUACGAUCAUUACAGAGUAGAAAAUGAGUAGGAAAAGAGAAGAAUGGGUAGAUGAUGGAACACUGCGUGAUUUUAGUAUUCCUGUAUUAUCAUUAGAGAAAAAUGAUGAGGAUAUAAAUGCAUUUACUACUAAUUUAAUAUCGGAUGAAGAGAAUGACUUUUUAAAUAGUAUCUUUAGUAUCCCCAGGGCACCAGGUAAGUGCUAGAAGAUUAAUUCAUAUUUUCCUAAUGAUAAAUAACGCAUGCAUUAUUUACUUCAAUAUUAAAGAACACGAAAGAUUGAGAAGACGAUUUUGCACAUGCAAUACAUCAAGCGUAAGAAUCAAAUAUGGCGAGGAAUAUCCCUAUGUUAGAAAUGAAAGAAGGAAUAACCAAAUUAACAAUAGAAAAAGUCUGAAAGAAUACUCUACAACAAUAGAUUUUCAAGACUUCAAAAAGAAUUCUUCUUCUUCUUCUUCUUCUUCUUUUUCCUCUUCGUCAAAUACUUCAAUUAAGAAAAUCUUUUCUACUACGACUUUAGCAGUGCAGACUGAUCCUUUGAUUAGCUGUUCAGCUUCUACGCAAACUGAUUCUUUUGACGAUUAUCCAGGGAAUUUCUCAUAUGAAAGACAGUUUGAAAAGUACGAAAUACCUAGUCUAAAUACUAUGUCAAUUUUUAAAGCGUCUCAAAAUCCUCAAUAUAUUAAUUGGCUACAAAAGAGCCAAGUCUCAAAGUAUAUUGGUGUGAAAGAAUUGGCAACAGUUACAAAACAAGAAGAGAAUUUAUUGCAUUUGUUAGCUGCUGCAAACGAAAAGGAAAAUAACGUUCUUCAUAAAUUUCUCUACGUCUUAUUGGAAAUAAUUAAAAGUCAUCCAUACUUUGUAUGGCACGAAAACAGAUCAGGUCAAACUCCCUCUGAUAUUGCUUUCUCAAAAAACAACGUUCAAAUAUUUCAAUGGAUACAAGAAUCUGGCGGCCAUUUUAGAAUAAAUGAAAUAAUAAAUACUGGUGACAAGAAAUUAGAUAUGUUAAGGAUAAUUCUCAAAGAUGUUAAAUAUCUUCCCGAGCAAAUUCUAAUUCAAGCAAUCAAAGCUCAUAUGGAAUUUAAAAAUUGUGGGAAAACAAUACUAUUUCUUUUUAGCGAAUUUCAAUUAAAUCUUCAAUUUAUUGACCAAACAAUAGGUAAAUCUUUACUCGAACUUUUACUAGAAACUGCAGAUUUAAUGUUAAUUGAGAAUGUUUUUCUAUCAUUAAAUCAUAAAAUAUGUAAAGAAAUUUUACGUUUAAAAAUGAAUAGUUUAUUGAAAUUUGUUCAAAAACAACGUUUAUUCAGUAAAACUGAAUUAGAAAAUCUUCAAAAGAUUUUCAAUUACAUUUUAAAUCAAAAUUCAAAAAAUACAUAG